AUGUCCCAGCCUCAGACCCGCAAACGCACAGACAGGCUCGCCGCCCCGUCCCGCCACUCCAUCCAGGACUCGGCCAAGGCUCAGGUCGCAGAGGUGGGCGCCAUCGUCCAGGACGGCAUCACAAGCGCCUCCUGGAUCUACCCCAUCCUUGGUGUAUUCUACCUUUUCUCCCACCCUACCCUGAUCAAGCCCCUGCUUCCUACCAUCCUCAAGGGCGUAGCCUUGUCUGCUGCGGCUGUAGUGUUCCUCUUCACAUUCACUUAUCUUCCGCAAGUCGGCAUUCUGGUCUUUGUAUCGGGUCCGCUGGCAUUCAUUCUGGCAAUUCCUUUGGUUCUGAGUGAGGCCUAUUUUGUGGUCACAUUCUUUGCCAGGGGAUUCUUGUCCGGCCAAGUCGGAGUGGAUCUCUUUGACGCGGUGCUGUUGCAGAAGGGACAUCAGACAUUGGUUGGGAACGGGAGACAAGUCACAGAUGCAGGAGGCGGCAAGGCUAAGCAGCUGGGCAACUUGAUUCGUAAACCCUUGGCCCGAUUUAGCUUUGACAACACCGUCCGAUAUCUCAUCACCCUCCCUCUCAACUUCAUCCCCGUUGUCGGCACAGUUUUUUUCCUUGGUUACAACGGAUACAAAGCAGGCCCGGGGUACCACGCUCGGUAUUUCCAGCUCAAGGACUACAGCAAGGAGCAGAGGCAGGCUUUUGUACACAAGAGAAGGGGGGCUUACCUCACUUUCGGGACCAUGGCCGCUUUGCUCAACCUUGUGCCCUUCGUCUCCAUCUUGAUGACAUUCACUACUGUUGUCGGCGCUGCUUUGUGGGCUGCUGACUUGGAGAACAACAUCAAAGUCACAUCGAACUUGAGGGGAGAGGCCCACAAAGCCAAGACCAAGCAGGCGGAUGAGGUUGAAGUUGUCAUUCCUGAAGAGAACACGGUAGGAGCCAAAAAAGACCUUUGA